GGAGCGUUGUCUGUAGGUCUUCAGUCGUCUGUCCUCGGCGGUCGCCGCCCCCACUGCUGCGCUGUAUCCGCCCCUCUUUUCCCUUUAGAGGGUACAGGCGACAGUCGGGCCCUGGGGUGGGAUCGUAGCCACCGAACGUCUCUGCCGAGCUGCCUUUUCUAGCUGGCGGCUCUUCUCGGCUGGGUCCAGGUCGGGGGGAAAAUGGCGCCGGCGCCCCAAGGCGUCCGGGAGGAGCCGCCGCUGGAUUGUCGGUCCGGACCUCAUUCCCGGCUCGUCUUCCUCGCCCUGGCUGUCUUCUUGCUGCCGGCUGCUCGGGCAGGUCUCUGCCCCGCACCCUGCUCCUGCCGCAUCCCUCUGCUGGACUGCAGUCGCAAAAAGCUACCAGCGCCGAGCUGGAGGGCGCUGUCGAGCCCGCUGCCCCCCGACGCUGCCGUCCUGGAUUUGAGUCAUAAUCGGUUGUCCAACUGGAAUAUCAGCCUGGAGUCUCAGACAUUACAGGAAGUGAAAAUGAAUUAUAAUGAGCUGACAGAAAUCCCGUAUUUUGGAGAACCAACCUCUAAUAUUACUCAACUCUCAUUAGUCCAUAAUGUAAUCUCAGAAAUAAAUGCAGAGGCGUUUCAGUUUUACCCUGCUCUCGAGAAUUUAGAUCUCAGUUCAAAUAUAAUAUCAGAAAUCAAGACGUCUUCAUUUCCUCGAAUGCAACUUAAAUAUCUGAAUUUGAGUAAUAAUAGGAUAACUGUCUUGGAGGCUGGUUGCUUCGAUAAUUUAUCUAGUUCUUUACUAGUGGUAAAGUUAAACAGGAACAGAAUCAGCAUGAUUCCACCCAAGAUCUUCAAGCUACCUCACCUCCAGCUCUUGGAACUUAAAAGAAACAGGAUUAAAGUGAUAGAAGGUCUGACAUUCCAAGGGCUUGACUCCUUAAGGUCUUUGAAGAUGCAGCGAAACGGUAUUAGCAAACUUAAGGAUGGAGCUUUUUUUGGCUUGGAGAACAUGGAGGAAUUAGAACUAGAGCAUAAUAACCUCACAGAAGUGAACAAGGGGUGGUUGUACGGCCUGCGAAUGUUACAGCAGCUCUACGUGAGCCAAAAUGCUGUUGAAAGAAUCAGUCCGGAUGCAUGGGAGUUCUGCCAAAGACUGUCGGAACUUGAUUUGUCCUACAACCAGUUGACCCGCCUGGAUGAAUCUGCCUUUGUGGGUCUGAGCUUACUGGAGAGACUGAAUUUAGCGGACAACAGAGUCACUCACAUUGCUGAUGGUGUAUUUAGGUUUCUUUCCAAUCUUCAGACGCUAAACUUAAGAAACAAUGAAAUUUCAUGGGCCAUCGAAGAUGCCAGUGAAGCCUUUGCUGGACUCACAAGUCUCACUAAAUUAAUCUUACAAGGAAAUCAAAUUAAGUCAAUUACAAAGAAAGCAUUCAUUGGUCUUGAAUCCCUCGAGCAUCUAGAUUUGAACAACAAUGCUAUAAUGUCUAUCCAAGAAGAUGCUUUUUCUCAGACUCGCUUGAAAGAACUGAUUCUGAACACGAGCAGCCUACUCUGUGACUGCCAUUUGAAGUGGUUGCUUCAGUGGCUGGUUGACAAUAACUUGCAGCAUUCUGUGAACGUAAGCUGUGCACACCCUGAGUGGCUAGCAGGGCAGAGCAUCCUGCAUGUGGAUCUGAAAGAUUUUGUCUGUGAUGAUUUUCUCAAGCCACAGAUAAAAAUGCAUCCUGAGACGACAGUUGCUCUCAGAGGCACGAAUGUGACUCUGAAGUGCACCGCAGUGAGCAGCAGCGAUUCGCCCAUGUCCACUGUGUGGCGCAAAGACAAUGAGAUCCUGUAUGACAUCGACAUUGAGAAUUUUGUGCGUUAUCGGCAGCAAGCCGGAGAAGCUCUGGAACAUACGAGUGUCUUACAUCUUUUCAAUGUGAAUUUCACAGAUGAGGGAAGAUACCAGUGCAUUGUUACUAAUCACUUUGGUUCCAAUUAUUCUCUGAAAGCCAGACUGACUGUGAAUGAGAUGCCAUCUUUCCUGAAGACACCGAUGGAUCUAACCAUUCGCACUGGUGCCAUGGCCAGAUUGGAGUGUGCUGCGGAGGGCCACCCUGCACCCCAGAUUUCCUGGCAGAAAGAUGGCGGCACUGACUUUCCCGCGGCUCGAGAAAGACGCAUGCACGUCAUGCCUGAGGAUGAUGUCUUCUUCAUUGCCAACGUGAAGAUAGAAGACAUGGGGAUCUAUAGCUGCAUGGCUCAGAACAGGGCCGGAGGCCUCUCGGCAAAUGCCUCACUCACAGUGUUGGAGACACCCUCAUUUAUCAGACCCCUGGAGGACAAGACAGUAACCCGAGGUGAAACUGCGGUACUACAGUGCAUAGCGGGAGGAAGUCCUGCCCCUCGCCUCAACUGGACCAAAGAUGAUGGGCCGCUGCUGGUGACAGAACGGCACUUCUUUGCUGCUGCCAACCAGCUUCUUAUUAUUGUAGAUGCUGGUCUGGAAGAUGCUGGAAAGUAUACUUGCAUCAUGUCUAACACUCUUGGGACAGAACGUGGUCACAUUUACCUCAGUGUCAUUUCAUCCCCCAAUUGUGACUCUGCCCAGAGUAGCAUUGGGCAUGAAGAUGAUGGCUGGACCACAAUCGGCAUUGUCAUCAUUGUUGUGGUCUGCUGUGUUGUGGGCACCUCUUUGAUCUGGGUCAUUGUUAUUUACCACAUGAGAAGGAAGAACGAAGACUAUAGUAUCACAAACACAGAGGAGCUUAAUCUGCCUGCAGACAUUCCCAGCUACUUGUCUUCCCAAGGAACGCUGUCGGAGCCCCAGGAAGGCUACAGUAACUCCGAGGCAGGCAGUCAUCAGCAGCUUAUGCCUCCCACCAAUGGAUAUUUACACAAAGGCGCUGAUGGUGGCACUGGUACCCGGGUUAUUUGCUCCGAUUGUUACGACAAUGCCAACAUCUACUCCAGGACCCGAGAAUACUGUCCGUACACCUACAUUGCCGAGGAGGAUGUUCUGGAUCACGCGCUGUCCAGCCUCAUGGUCCAGAUGCCCAAAGAAACAUAUUUGGCACAUGCUUCCCCAGAUGCCCCUGUCUUGGAGGGCCUGGUGUCAUCAGCAGACAGAGAGUUGGCUGCCUUUCCCACCAACCAUGAGAGGAUAAAUGAGAAGAAACUUCCCUUCACACAGAUGAACAGUGAAACAUCGCAGCGGCUUCUGUGGAGUGCAGGCAAAGAACGAGGCCCACCCCAGCCUCCCCUCCCCCAGCAGCCGGUGAUGGAGUCACCGCAGCUCCAUCGGAGUGAGGGGCUGGCAGAGAGCAGUCCGGACUGUUCCGUGUCCCCCGGACCCUGUCACAGGCUGCACGACCACACUUUUGACUUUAGUAGGACUUGGAACGUUCAAGACAGUUGUGAGGGCACAUGAAUCCCACUCCAGGAGGAAAUCUGGGCAAAGACUCAAGGUAAUUAAUUUUGUAUUUACUACCUCAGAGUUCAGAAGAAACCCCGAAGUCAGCAUUUGCUUUACCCUGUCUGCAGUUCCAUCUGACCACACCAGGGUGGGCUGGGCGUUUGUUUGGGCUUAUACCUGAUGAAGAAGGGGCCGUGGUGGACAGAAAUGGGUAAUUUCCAUGUGCAGAGGGAAAUACAGAACGAACGUGCCUCCUGAUGGUUCCACGCGGAUGUGCCCGGCUGUGCAUUGCCUGUUAGGAAGAGUCUCAUUGCUGCUUAACGUGCCGGAUUGUCUCAACCUGUGGAAUGAUUCUGAUAAAACACCACUGUUCUGUUUUGUCUUCCAAGGGAUACAAAUAACUUUGGAGCCUUCUGGGAAGCAUGUCUGGGAUUCUUCAGUGGUUUUAAGCUUGUAGUAGAGACUGGGCUUUGAUAUUCAAAGUCUUUGAUAAGAAUCCCAGGCUUGACCAUUAACCAUAUCAGUGGGUGUUGUAUUCUUGUGAAUCUUUUUUUUUUCUUUCUUUUUUUGGUCCCUAUCGCCCAGGGAUCUUAUUGUAAAUACAUGUGCAUUUAUAAAUAAUUUUUGUAUUCAUUGACCGUAUGUGUUGGCUGCAUUGUAAAUAUUUUUGAUAUGCCAAAAUUAUAUAUAAUAUCCAAUUAUAAUAUUGACAGCA